ACUAAUUGACGUUGUCAAACGUACCUAUCGAGAUGAAAAAAUAUGUGGUGAUCUUGUAAUAUUUAUUUCCAAAAAUUUCCGAUUUAGAGUUAAUUCGGUUUGAUCAAAUUUUUCGUGAAUAGUGGUUCCAUGUUCCUGUCGUUCAAUUCAACAGCCAAAUACGUUAAUUAUCCUGGUAGAACAGCGUUUAAAAAACCUUAUAAUCUGGGUUGGUGACAGUCAAAAAAUUUCUAAAUUUAAUUAUAUUUCGACAACAAUAUUAUUUACCUAGUGUGUCGAGAGAUAUAUUUUCGCUUAAACCUGAAAAAUCAUCGUCUCACGUGAAUCGAUUGUUUUUGAUAGAUUUUUUGAGACUAUAGAGUGAUGCUGAAAUAACAAAUUUUUAAAGUAUGUGCAACAAGAGGACUUAUAGAACAUCAAUAACUCGUACGGAAAUAUGUACGAAAUUGGUUAACGAUACGUAAUAUUCCCGUCUAAUAUGAUGUUUCCAAUCAACAAAAAUGAAGCCUGUUCGAAAGUUUCGUGUAUAUAUGACACUCCCUGCGACCCGAAGGAUAGUGACUACGAGAAACUGUUUUGCCCCAACAAUGAACUAUCAGAACCACCUCGGAGCCGAUGCGAUAAACUGAAAACGGGCUCCUCCUGUCAGGCCCUCAAACAUGCCGUGGCAGCUCUGCACAGACUCGAUGAUUUUUUCACUGAAAAAAUUGGAUCGGGAUUUUUUUCAGAGGUUUUUAAGGUGACUCACAAGGUUACCGGUCACAUUAUGGUCUUGAAAAUGAAUCAGCUGCGAUCGAACCGUAGGAAUAUGCUUAAAGAAGUGCAAUUAAUGAAUAAAUUGUCCCAUCCAAAUAUACUUAGGUUAAUGGGUGUUUGCGUCCACGAGGGUCAACUUCACGCCCUCACAGAAUUCUGCAACGGAGGAUCACUUGACCAGGUGAUCCAGAACAAAUCCGUAGGCUUGCCGCAGGACUUGAGGGUCAAUAUCGCCCACGACAUUGCCUCCGGCAUGGAAUACCUUCACUCCAAGGGUGUAUUUCACAGGGACUUGACCAGUAAGAACGUUCUAAUAAAAAAGUUGGACAAUGGUCACAGGCAAGCUGUUGUGGGUGAUUUUGGCCUGUCAACUUCGAUUCCUGAUCACAGUAAAAAAACGAAACUUUGUACAGUCGGGUCGCCAUAUUGGAUGUCCCCAGAGUGCCUUAAGGGUCAGUAUUACGACGAAAGGAGCGACGUGUUCAGCUACGGCAUAGUGCUGUGCGAGCUGAUAGCUAGGGUGGAAGCUGAUCCUGAUCAGCUGCCCAGAACUGACAAUUUCGGCUUGGAUUACAUAGCUUUCACGGAACUGUGCGGUCCCAACGUAGUACCUGACUUCUUAAAUCUAGCUUUUAAAUGUUGCAACGUGGAUCCGGCGAGUAGACCGACAUUCUCCGACAUCAGGCCGACCCUGGUCGACAUUCUAGCUGACCUGAAGGCGCUGACCGCCCAGAGGGAGGCAGCGAUGUCCAGCUACGCGGCCAAGAGCGAGGAACAGCUCCCGGUGGCCCCUGUCCACCAGGGUACCGCUCCGCAGCACCGAAAAAUAUUCCAUCGACGGUCCCUGUCCGAAGACGUGUCCAAACUGGCCAUCUUCGCCUUCUCCUGCCCCAGCGACAAGGCUCGCCGACACGCCCUCACCAUGUGCAAACUCGACCCUCAUUACAUACCCCGCAAAUCCAACCCUUUCGCGGCACUUACGCAGUUCCACGGCGCCAAAAAAGUCCUGGGCAACUCCUCUUGUUGCGAACUACCCUUGCACAUCGUCGAACCACCCCCAUCGGCCGUGGAAACCCCCAAAUCACUACCCGGAUCGCCUACUUGCGUGAGGAAAACCGCCAAAAGCAAGUCUUCCUUAUUUGCUCACCCGUUAUACAAAGGGGGGUCAAGCUGUAACCUGUCUGACACAAACGAUUCUCCUGCUAACCUCAGGAGAAGAGGAUCGUGUGAAUCGGGGUUUUAUUCUUCGGUAGGUGAGUGUCUUUCGCCGAACAGCCUCUGGGGUGACAGCGGAACAGCUGUCAGUUCAUUAAGAUCCCUUGACGAGCUCGACCUGGAACUCCAAGCUCUCUGCAAGCGUGCUUCUUCAAUCUACACUGACAGUAGUGAAGAUAUCUCUUCCCUAGCAGGUUCAGACUGUUUUGCAGACCUCCAGCCUAACAUUUCAAGCAUAGUAGACUACUUUGAGAAGAAAGGAGCCAAUUUCAGGCACUGUUCUAACUCCAGGUCAGGCUUACAAGCUAGUUCAAGAAUAGCAGCCUUGAGGAGGGCUUUGGAGAAGCAUAAUUCUGCUGGAGGUUCAGGCGGACCGUCCCAUCCAGGUCCUCAAAGGUUAAAAUGUUCUAGGCUGAUGAUUUGUGAGGGAGCAGUGAGGUCUAAGUUGCCUUUGUUUGAUAAAAAGUAGCCUAGACUGCGAUUUUUCUGCCAGAAUCACCAACAUACGUGAGAAAAAGUACUAAAAGCGAGUCUUCCUUAUUUACUUGCCCUUCAUAUUAAGGCGGGGGCAAAAUGUAACAUUUUCUGACACUAAAAACUCACUUUCUAAUCUCAAGAGAAGAGGAUUAUAUCAAUCAAGGUUUUUAUCCCUCUGUAGCUGAGUGUCUUUUACCUAAUAUGAGAGUGUAAGGGCUUUAAAAUCCUUGAAUAAAAUUGACCUUGAGCUCCAGGCACUCUGCAAGAUCUACACAGACAGCAGUGAAGAUAUCUGUUCCCUAGCUAGUUCAAAUUGCUUCGCAGACCUCCAGCCUAACGUUUCGAGCAUAGUAGCCUACUUUGAGCGGAAAUCAGCCAAUUUUAUGCAUUGUUCUAACUCCAGGUCAGGGUUACAACCUAGUUCAAGAGUAGCAGCUUUAAAAAGGGCUUGAAAGAAGCAUAAUUCUGUUUGGGAUUCGCAUAGAUCUUCACUUUGUUCUCUCCAAA